GUGACGUAGGCGCAAAAUAACUGCGCAUGCGUGGCGGUGGUACACACGUGAAGCAGAGGAGACAGCAUGGCUGAAAAAACAGAAAUUGCUUUAGACCGGGGGCAGGUGAAAAAGGCCGUUCAAGCGCUGCAGGCUUUCCUGAAAACCAAGUCCACCAGUAGUUCUCUGUUCCUGGACGACACUCAGCAGAUCAGCCUGCUCUUCACCUUCUGGAAGGUCCCGAAAGAGGCACAGACCAUCCGCAUUCCCUUGCCCCAUGGCCAGAGGCCGGAUACAGAGGAGGUCUGUCUGUUCACCAGAGAUGAGCCCAAGAUGACCUCAGAGCAAACCCAGAGGUUUUAUAAGAAGUUGCUGGAGGAGAGGGGCGUCAAAAACAUCACUGAGAUCAUCCCCUACAAGGCCCUGAGGACGGAGUACAAACCGUUUGAAGCCAAACGCCGUCUGCUGGGGAAUUUUGACAUGUUCCUCUCUGACGACCGCAUCCGCCGCCUGCUGCCGUCCCAUCUCGGAAAACAUUUCUACCAGAGGAAGAGAGAGCCGCUGUGUGUGAACCUGCAGAGCAAACAGCUUGCCAGAGACAUCCAGAAAGUCAUCCAAGGCACCAAUGUGAAGGUCACAAACAAGGGCUGCUGCUGUAUGGCUCGUGUUGCUCAUUCCGGCAUGACGGCAGAUGAGGUGACAGAAAACAUUGAAGCUGCUGUCCAAACAGUGGUGGCCAAACUACGUAUGAAAGGACCAGUGAUGAAGCUUAUCCACUUAAAGAGUCAAACCUCAGUGGCCCUGCCCAUCUACACCUCAGAGCUGAACCACCUCACUGUGCUGGACGACGCAGAGAAGCAGAAGCAGGCUCAGAGUCCUAAGGCAAAGGAAGCUGCUGCCAAAAAGCAGGCAAAGAACAAGACAGAGGACACAAAGCAAACAGACACCACCGCAGAGGGAAAGGGAGAGGAGAAGAAGAAGGCGAAGGGAAAGAAAAAGAAGGCAGCGGAGGAGGAAGAGGAAGAAAUCCCACAGCUGGUUCCCAUAGAAACGCAGAGCAAAAAGCCUAAAGUGGAGAAGCCACCCAAAAAGAAGCAGCAGCUGAAGAAAGCACCCAAACCUGCCGUACUGAAGAAAGGAACAAAAGCUCAAAGCAAACUGACCAAGAAAGCUGGCAAGACUGAUUCCAAAGUAAAAAGGAAAGUGCCUAAACUGAAAUAACUGUCAGUAGCACAUCUUUUUAUAUUACCUUUUUCAACAUGGACAUUUGACACAGUAUUCAGGAGCAGAUUGUUUAUAGAAUGAUCUAUAUAUUCAUCCUGUUUUGUCUUGUUUGCUUGACUGAAGCAGAUUAUAAACGUAUCUAUCAGAAAUGA